AUGGAGCCUGAAUUCGAGGUGAAAGUGCCGCCUUCCGACCUGUUGGAUAAUCUUGGGAAACUAAUCGAGGGGAAGAAAGGAGCGGAUGCCACUUUCAAAGUGAGAGAUGAGCUCUUCCCAGCCCAUAAGAUUGUGCUUGCGAUGAGGUCACCGGUCUUCGAAGCCGAGUUCUACGGGCCAGUGGCCAAGGACAUGAAGCAGUACUUCACUAUAGAGGACAUGCAACCCGAUGUCUUCAGAGCAGUGCUUUGCUUCAUCUACACGGAUUCGAUGCCUUCUCUGGAGGAAUUCGAUGCUAGCGACAUAAAGGAGAUGGUUAGGCACUUGCUCGUGGCUGCAGAUAGGUAUGCCAUGGAACGCCUGAAAUUGAUUUGCGAAGACAUCCUUUGCAAGAGCGUUAGUGUUGAGGACGUGGCUACUUCACAAGCUCUGGCUGACAUGCAUCACUGCCAUAACCUCAUGAAGAUGUUUUCUAGUCAGAGAAGCCAGGGAAGCGUCCUACCUAGCAACCUACAGCACCAGGCAGAGCACAGCCCGCACAGAAACAUAGAGAAGUCUGCAGUACAGAAGUCUGAAUAG